AUGGAUAAGGAUAAGGAGGCUUUGGUGGUUUGCAGUGACAAGAGCAUGGGAAUAGGCAUAACAAUAUGGGAUAUGGACACUGGGGAUCAUCUUCUUCACAUACCAACUUGUGCUUCACCUUCUCAUGGGCUUGUGUGCUUGAGAAAGCAGUUCCUUGUAGCUUCUCAGAUUCACAAACAUGGGUCUGUUGGUGGAGGAGCUAUCUUCACAUGGGCAUUGAAUAAGCCUCAGUCACCUCUUCGGAGUUACCCAGUGGAGGCCAUUGGGUCACUUUCUAGCACAAAAGAUGGCCUAUAUCUUGCAGGUGGGGCGCUUUCUGGAAAUGCUUAUCUUUGGGAGAUUGCCAAUGGAAGAUUGCUCAAGACUUGGCAUGCUCAUCACAAAUCUUUAAAUUGCUUGCUGUUUUCCAAUGAUGAUUCUCUUCUCAUUUCCGGGUCAGAUGAUGGUAUGAUCUGUGUUUGGUCUGUAAUUAGUUUGCUAGACACGGAGGAUUCUGGAAGCUUGCAUUCUUUGUUACACUAUUCAUCAGAGCAUAAAUCUUGUAUUACUGGCCUAUUGACCACAUCAGGAAGCUCAAUUUCAGUUUUAGUAUCAAGCUCCCUCGAUGGCACUUGCAAGGUUUGGGAUUUUGUCUCAGGAAGGCUUAUACAAACUCAAGUGUAUCCACUAGCAAUAACUGCAAUUGCUCUUCACCCAGAAGAGCAAUUCUUAUUCUGUGGAAAUGUAGAUGGAAGAAUUUUUGUCAACAAGCUUGAUGUUGGACUGUUGGAGGAACAAUUCCUUGUUGCAGAAGCCCAACCAGUUGUGCUAAAUGGACACAAUGGAGCCAUAACUGCAUUGACCUUCAGUGAAUCGGGUCUGAUAUCUGCAUCUGAGGACUGCACCAUUUGCAUGUGGGAUGUAGUCAACCAGGUGAUUAUCCGAAGAUUCAAUCAUGGAAAAGGGGCAGUAACUAAUAUGACAGUGAUUCCACAGUCCUCACUGCUUUCUAUAUCAAAAAAUCAUAGAGUUUCAAACCAGUUCCAUGUUUCAUUACUUGAAAAGUUUCCUCAGCCAGCCAACUCAUUCAAGGGAACACUCAAUCUCUUUUCCUUAGGUCAUUCCUCUGAAGAAAAGCAGACUUCCCUUGACUUCCAAAGCACUGAUUCAUUGCAGCAGCAUAUAUCUGAUUUGGAGAAAAAACGAACACCAGCAGCCGUGCAAGUGAAGGUGGAAACUUGUAUAGAGAAUCGGAUGUGGGCCACAAGAAUGACAAAGCAUGUCAUGGAGAUGAAUAAGCAUUUGCAAUCACGUUUGCUUGACUUGAUGGAGUGCAGAUUGUUUUGGUCUACUCAAAUUGACUCACCCACAUCUAAAAAGAGAAAGAUGCUCAAGGCUGAGAGUUCAAUUCUGGAGGGGGAGGAGGAACCAUAG